UAUGAAUCAAACUGAAUGAAAUAGAAAUUAAAGAUUUCCUUCAAUUUGCAUUUAAUUUAUAUUAAAUUUCAUUUUGAAAGGUAAUAAAGAUCAAGUCAAGAAUAAUAAUAAAGUAACGUGUAGAUACUCAACAAAGUUUAAAAUAAACGUAUUCACCACUACCGCCAUAGAUGCUUGUCAAUUUUACCGUGAGUGUAUUGACAAGUUGACUCUUCCAUAAUCAAAAGUGAACAAUUUAUUUUGGUUUCGUAUAUUUCAUUUAAAAAUAAAAAAAAACAAACAAAGGAAGCAAUACAAUUUGAAAAGACACUUAUUUAAAGAAAACAGUACACAAACUAAGAAUGGGACGUGGAAGAUUGGACCGUUCGAGGAGUCGGUCACGAUCUGGAAGUGUUGAACGAAGCAGUAGCAGUCGACGACAACAAACUGACAAACAUCGUGAUAAACGUCGUACCGACCAUAAAUCUGGAAGCGGUAGUAGCAGUAAUCGUAAUCGUAGAUCACGGUCCAGAGAACGUCGAGAUGGCGAUCGUGAAAAAUCGACACAUAAAGACCGUUCACAUCGUGAUAGUUCGAGUGAAAUAGAAAUAUUAGAUUUAACCGGUUGUGUUGACAAAGAAGAAGAGCAAAAACGUCUUGAACAAGAGAUGAUCAAACGACGGGAUCGUAUUGAACGAUGGCGGGCGGAACGUAAACGUAAAGAAUUGGAUAUAAAAAAGGUCACCAUCAUACCAGCGCCAAGUGUAAAAAAAUGGAGUUUAGAAAAUGAAUCGGACGAUGACGAUGAUGUAAAAGAGGUUCCAAUCAAAGAAACCACCACCAAUGAUAGUUUAACGAAAAAUGUUGCCGCUGUUGUCGAUAUUACAAAACCAAUCAAUCAAAAAAAUUCCGAAUCAUCGAAUAAACAAUCAAUGGACGUUGAUGAAGACGAUGAUGACAUUGAUCCAUUGGAUGCAUACAUGAUGGAAGUGCACAAAGAGGUGAGAAAAGUGAAUAAAAUUACAAAACCAACAAAUGCAAGCGGUGGCGUUAUGGUGAUGAGCGGUGUAGCAAAAAAGAAUAAAGAGCUGAAUAAAGGUGAAAUGAUGGAACAAAAUCAAGACGGCUUGGAAUAUUCGUCGGAAGAAGAAAUCGAAGAUAUUAAAGAUACUGCCGCCAAUUUGGCGAAUAAACAUAAAAAAGAAUUAGCAAAAGUUGAUCAUUCCGGUGUUGAUUAUGCGUCAUUUCGAAAAGAUUUCUAUGUUGAAGUACCUGAAUUGGCUAAAAUGACGUCGAUCGAAGUUGAUGCCUAUAAAUUGGAAUUGGAAGGUAUCCAAGUUAAAGGAAAAGGUUGUCCAAAACCAAUCAAAACAUGGGCACAUUGUGGCAUUUCCAAAAAAGAAAUGGAUGUUUUGAAACGUCUCGGUUUUGAAAAACCAACACCAAUUCAAUGUCAAGCAAUUCCGGCGAUAAUGAGUGGCCGUGAUUUAAUUGGUAUUGCAAAAACGGGCAGUGGCAAAACGAUCGCCUUCAUUUUACCAAUGUUUCGUCACAUUUUGGAUCAAACGCCAUUGGCCGAUGGUGAUGGUCCGAUUGCAAUUAUUAUGACACCAACACGUGAGCUUUGCAUGCAAAUUGGUAAAGAUAUCAAAAAAUUCUCAAAGCCAUUGGGUUUGAAUGUCGUUUGCGUUUAUGGUGGCACCGGUAUAUCGGAACAAAUUGCCGAAUUGAAACGUGGCGCUGAGAUUAUUGUCUGUACACCAGGUCGAAUGAUUGAUAUGCUUGCGGCGAAUUCGGGCAGAGUUACCAAUCUUAGACGUGUGACAUACAUUGUAUUAGAUGAAGCUGACCGCAUGUUUGACAUGGGCUUCGAGCCACAGGUAAUGCGUAUCAUUGAUAAUAUUCGACCGGAUAGACAAACAGUAAUGUUUAGUGCAACAUUUCCCAGGGCAAUGGAAGCUCUUGCACGGCGUAUUUUGAAGAAGCCAAUCGAAGUACAAGUUGGCGGGCGGUCAGUUGUAUGUAAGGACGUUGAACAGAACAUUGCCGUUUUGGAUGAAGAGGCGAAAUUCUUCAAACUGUUAGAGCUAUUGGGUCACUAUCAAGAGCACGGCAGUAUUAUUGUAUUUGUUGAUAAACAGGAAAAUGCUGAUAUUCUAUUGAAAGAUUUGAUGAAAGCAUCGUACAAUUGUAUGAGUUUACAUGGUGGCAUUGAUCAAUUUGAUCGCGAUUCCACCAUUUUGGAUUUCAAAUCUGGACGUGUUAAACUAUUGAUUGCAACAUCAGUUGCCGCACGUGGCUUGGAUGUUAAGCAAUUAAUACUUGUGGUGAAUUAUGAUUGUCCCAAUCAUUAUGAAGAUUAUGUGCAUCGUUGUGGUCGAACUGGGCGUGCUGGUAAAAAAGGUUUUGCAUGGACAUUUUUAACACCGGAACAAGGACGUUAUUCCGGUGAAAUAAUACGCGCAUUGGAAUUGUCUGGUGCACAAGUACCAAAUGAUUUACGUCAAAUGUGGGAUCAUUAUAAAGCAUCACAAGAGGCCGAAGGUAAAAAAGUUCACACUGGCGGUGGAUUUAGUGGCAAAGGAUUUAAAUUCGACGAACAGGAAGCGAACGCAGUGAAAGAAAGUAAAAAAAUGCAAAAGGCAGCACUGGGCAUACAAGAUUCAGAUGAAGAAGACGAGGAUGAGAAUGACAUCGAUCAACAUAUUGAACACAUGUUUGCUGCUAAAAGAAAUGUUAAAGAAGUUGAAGCGUCAUCAAUGGUCGAAGGUGCUGCUGUUCUAAAUACAACCAUACCAGCAGCCAAUGCCAAACCAACAACAGUAGUUACUAGCGCACAACAGACACAGAAAUUGGAAUUAGCCAAACGAUUAGCAUCACGCAUUAAUAUCUCUAAGAAUCUUGGUUCAGAAGCAAAAGAUGCGACACAACAAGCGACCGAAGCCAUUCUCAAGGGUGGUCCAACACAAUCCCUCAUUACGGCCAAAACGGUUGCCGAACAGUUGGCGGCCAAGCUUAAUAACAAAUUAAACUAUCAACCGAAAGAAGAAGAUGAUGUUAAUAUACUUGCAACGGGUACAGAGUCCACCUUCAAGAAAUAUGAGGAAGAAUUGGAAAUUAAUGACUUCCCACAACAAGCAAGAUGGAAAGUUACAUCCAAGGAGGCUUUGGCACAAAUAUCGGAAUAUUCUGAAGCCGGUUUGACCGUGCGUGGUACUUAUGUGCCAACGGGUAAACAAGUGCCCGAAGGAGAGCGUAAACUUUAUUUGGCUAUUGAAAGUUGCAGCGAAAUGUCUGUGCAGAAGGCUAAACGUGAAAUUACACGAUUAAUAAAGGAAGAACUUCUUAAGUUAAGCCACGUGCAUCCCGUUUUCAAUAAGGGCCGUUACAAAGUUUUGUAAAAUCACAUUUUCAUAUUCAUAUUCAUCAAUUGUACUGUGAACAUAAUUUCUUUGCAUUUGUUUCCGUGAAUAAAUAUCGGUUUUUAAAGGAGAUAUUUCCUAAAAAUAA